AUGUCUCCUUUUCAGACUGUAUAUGGGAAGUGUCCUACAUUAAUUCCCCAUUAUAAUAAGGAGGAUGUGAAGUUGGAAGCCGUUGACACCAUGUUACAAGACAGAGAGGUUGUUAUAAAUCAACUUAAAAUGCAGUUGCAGAGAGCACAACAGGGGAUGAAGGAUAAGACUGAUCGUCAUCGUCAAGAAAGAAUGUUUAAUGUAGGUGAUAAGGUUCUCAUAAAACUGCAGCCUUAUAGGCAGAUUUCUGUAGCUAGAAGAGCAAAUCACAAGUUGGCAAAAAGAUAUUUUGGACCUUUUAUUGUGGAACAAGUGAUUAGUUCGGUAGCUUACAAAGUUACAUUACCAGAGGGGAGUUUAAUACAUCCUGUAUUUCAUGUCUCAUUAUUGAAACCAUUUCAUGGUUCUUCAGAUAUCAGUCAUGAAUCUCUACCUGUAAGGAGAGUUGACAGCAAACCCUUACAGGUACCUGUUGCUAUAUUGGCAUCCAGACAACAUACAUCAUGCGGGGAAGUAGGACUCCAAUAUUUGGUGCAAUGGUCUGCUUCGGUACCUGAAAAUGCUUCUUGGGAAAAUGCUAAGGAAUUAUGUCAAGCUUAUCCACACCUUGAGAACAAGGUGGCUGUUCAAGGGAGGGCUGUUGAUACGGGUAGCACAACAUUAAAAGGGAGACCUUGCAGGAUUAAGGGCUUUCCUUCUUGGGCCAUUGACCAUGCUCAAUAA